AUGGCCAGCAUCUUCUGGAAGCUAAAGCACGAGCUUUUCCUCAGCGAUCCGACGUGGGAUAGAGAGAGGAGAGAGGAGAAGGGAGUGGUCCGAAGGCUGGAUAUAUUUUUCGAGUCCUAUAUUAUACUCUCGGCCAUAGUCAAGUAUCUUGAUCAGCGGAAUAUCUCAAAUGCCUAUGUCAGCGGCAUGAAAGAAGAUCUAUCUCUCUACGGCAACGAGUUGAAUUUUUUCACGACAUACUUCAACAUUGGCUAUCUCAUCGUCAUCCCCAUCUCGACAUAUGUCAUCAACAGCGUCGUGCGUCCGAGUAUCUGGCUUCCCACUUUGGAACUUUUGUGGGGCAUCUUUACUGGAACACUUGCAGCAGCUAAGAGUGCAAAGACCAUCUAUGGAAUCCGGUUCUUGAUUGGCUUCUGCGAGGGUACAGCGUGGCCAGGUAUCCUGGUUCUCCUUCUCAGCUGGUACACCCCAGCCGAGAUCGGUCUUCGGCUUGCUAUAUAUGAAAGCGCGUCGUAUGUGGGAGCAAUCUUUGCUGGAGGUCUGCAAGCGGCCCUCUAUACCAAGCUGAAUGGCAACGGAGGUCUUGCAGGGUGGCAAUGGCUCUUCAUCAUCAACGCCAUCAUCACCGUCACCGUAGCCACCUGGGGCUACUUUGGCUGUCCCGACUACCCCAACAAACCGAACCCUAUGGGGAAAUGGCUCCAGCAUCGACAUGUCAAAGUCGCUAUGAGGAGGAUGGGGAACCAGGGGAGGGCGAUGCCGGUGGGAUGGAACUGGGGGACUGUCAAGUCGCUGGUAUCGAGGCCUCAGAAUUGGGCUAUCUGGGCGGGGUACACCAUCUAUGGUCAAGCGGGAAGCGGGGUGGGAUACUUCAGCUUGUGGCUCAAGAGUCUGAAAAACGAUGAUGGGUCUGCCAGAUAUACCGUCUCGCAAGUCAACACCAUCCCCAUUGCGGUCAGCUGUCUCAACAUCAUCUCUCUCCUCGUCAUACUCGGUAUCUCCGACCGCUUCCGGGUCCAAUGGCCAUUUAUCCUCAUCUGCGCUGUUAACGGUCUCGUCUGGUCGAGCGUGCUCGCUGGUUGGAACGUCCCAGAUGCGUUAAAGAUGGCGAGCUUCUUAAUGCUCAGCAUUUCCGUUCCCGGCGCCAACCUAUUUGCAGCAUGGGUUGGUACGCUUGCGAAACAUAGUGCGGAAGAGCGGUCCGCUAUCAUUGCUGCUUUCUUGACGACGUAUUAUGCUAUCACAGCUGGGGCGCCGCUCAAGAUCUGGCCUGCUUCUGAGGCUCCGCACUAUAGGAUCGGAUGGACGUACGCCUCCGCCAUGUGGGCGGCUGUCAUCCCCAUCGUCCUGCUCAUUGUAUAUCUCGAACGUCGUCAAAGGCGUAUUGAUGACAGAUGCGAAAUCGAGCUCCAAGUUGGGGAUAACGGGUUGGAUGUUCAAAGCAACGAAGUCGUGGAGAGCAAAGUCAUAGAAAGCAGGGACAACGAGAAGUAUGGGAUUGACAAGGACGUGCUUAGGGGAGAGGCCAUCAGUGUUCUCGAGGAUCAUGGCGUAUCGGGGGAGUCUUCGCGGGUAUGGGAGGAACGGUCCUCUGCUGGGCGGGUACUUGCAGAACCGCGGCGUGGGUAA